AUGAGUUUAAAAACUACUACAUUAAAUGUUUUCCUCGGUUGUUGCCUUAGCUCUUUUCUAAUGGAAAUAUUAAUGGCAAGAGUGCCGGCAAGUGCUAACUUUGUAACAUUUCUACAAUUUUUCUUUAUUUCUUUACAAGGUCUCAUUUUUAGAAAAUGUGAUAUGCUUAAACCCAAAAUUCCGUUUAAAAAAUAUUUUAUACUAAUUGCAUUAUUUUUUGUAACGAGUGUGGCCAAUAAUUAUGUAUAUGCCUUGCAUGUGCCUUCUACAUUGCAUAUGAUAAUAAGAUCUGCAUCAUCACCAGCAAGCAUGAUAGUAUCUUGGCUUGCCAAAAAACGUGCACCAAAAGUGACUUCCGCAGUUGGCUCAGUACUCAUAAGUGUAGGAGUAGCCGUAGCAAUGUACGGUGGAGCAACACUGGUAGAUGAUAAUAAAGGAAAUUUUAUGCACUGGUGUUUAGGCGUUACAAUAUUGCUCUCAACAUUAUUUACAGGUGCUUUUACAGGACUCCAACAGGAAAUUCUAUAUGCAAAAUAUGGAAAGCAUCCUGAUGAGAUGCUGUUCUAUACACAUGUCAUACCAAUGCCCUUGUUUUUGGUAAUCUACCCUCAAUUGAAGGAAAUUGGAUCUUCCAUGUCAAGUGAUAUGUGGUUAAUCAUUGCAUUAAAUAUUAUAUCCCAGUUUUACUGUACUCAAUCUGUCCAUGACUUAGCUACUAAGGAAAACUCUGUAACAGUAACAUUUAUAUUAACACUAAGAAAAUUUGUUUCUUUAUUAAUAUCUAGUAUAGUUUUUAAGAAUAAUCUCACAUUAUUACAUUUGAUAGGAACAAUUUUUGUUGCAUUAGGUACAUAUAUUUACUUUGACUUUUUUAAUAGUAGAAAACAAAGGCCAGUCAAUUUUAAAGAAAAGUGA